AUGGCAAGUACAACACGGCCGCAAGGCGGCAUCGCCGUCUUCUCAGGUGGCACUGCAGCUAACUUCCUCGUUGACGUGUUCGACCAGAUCACCACGCGAAGGAAGUGCCCAUUGCGUUAUAUCAUACCCAUAAGUGACAACGGCGGGAGUUCGUCGGAACUCAUCCGUGUGUUUGGUGGGCCCAGUGUUGGAGAUGUCAGAAGUCGUCUCGUCCGCCUCAUCCCCAAUCACGACGGCGACGAGGAGCGCACAGCCAUCAAGGUCCUCUUUGAGCACCGGCUGUCGGGAGACCCUAUGCAGGCCCGCACCGAGUGGCUGGACAUUGUCGAGGCCCGCCACUUGCUGUGGACCUUCAUCUCCAGCCCGAAACGUGAGCUCAUCCGAUCUGUGUUCAACACGCUCAACCUGGAGAUUGUCAAGAGGAACCGGCCUACGAGUGUUUUCAAUUUCGCUGAGGCGAGCGUGGGAAAUCUGUUCCUGACGGGCGCUCGCCUCUUCUCGGGAUCCUUCGAGUCUGCCAUCUACCUCCUCUCCCUAAUCUGCGCUAUCCCUGAGUCCACAGCCGUCCUGCCCGCCAUCAACUCCAACUUCACCCACCACAUCAGCGCCGGGCUCGUAGAUGGCUCCGUCCUCGCAGGUCAGGUCGCCAUCUCCCACCCCUCCGGCCCUACUGCCGUGCCCGACGCCACCUUCCAUCCGACAGGCAAUAAGCACUUGGAUCUGGACCGCGUCGAAGACGCCAACCUGCCGGGCUCGCUGCCUGUGCUGCGGGGCCACCACGCCUUCUCCAAGGACGAUGAGGAGGACCUACCCGCGCGCAUAGACCGCGUGUGGUACAUCAACCCGUACGGUCACGAAAUCUGGCCGGUUGCGAACCCGAAGGUGCUGGCGGCGCUGGAGGAUAGUGAUGUGGUUGUGUAUAGCAUUGGGAGUCUGUACACGAGCAUCAUUCCCUCAGUGAUCUUGCGGGGCGUCGGACAAGCGGUCGCACGGGCGCGGCGGAAGGUGUUGAUUUUGAAUAGCAAGGUGGAUCGGGAGACGGGCCCUGUGGCGGCGCCCAUGAGCGCGGUGGACUUUGUCAGAGCAGUUGCCAAGGCGGCGAAGGAGAGCCAGACGGACUUUGGCCCGCUGGCGGAUGGGGAGGUCGGUAGGUACGUAAGCCACCUGGUUUACCUUGAGGGGGCUGAGAAGGGCGGCGCGAACGGAGCUGGGAGCUCGUCGUCACUCAUGCCACGGGUAGAUGUGGAGGAACUGCGGAGCCUUGGGAUCGAGUGUGUCAAGGUCAAGGGGAAGAUGGUAGGUGAGGGGCGGAAGAGGAUAGUUCGGUAUGAAGAGGGAGAGCUGGUUGAGGCUCUGGAGGGGAUUAUUGUCUGAUUUUGGUUGCGGUGGCGUGCACUUUCGAAUGGUUUGAGCAGAGGCUUUUGUGUAAUUAUACAUGUGUAUCCGGUAUAGAUCCUGGACGGAUGUAUUAGAAGGUGUUAAUGAUAUUCAUUGGGAGUUAGAUAUGGGGUUUGCUUUCCUCUUUGGGGUUCAAUUUAGGAUUGCUUCAAGCC